ACCCCGUCAAUACCGUUUUGAUUGCCCAUUGUGGCCUCCAAUGCUCUUUGGUGUCAAUUGCAGCCGUCAGUAAGCAGCCUCUCCGCUCCAUCACUGAAGUCCCCAGUGAAACAGUGAUGAGCACAGGCCUCUGCAGGCAGCCUGCUGUGUGCCACUGGCUUUGCACCUCCUCCACUGCCAGUGGGAACAGCAUCUGGGACAAUGUCAUCAGUCCUGCUCAAACCUGCUUUUGCCUCCUUGAUGGCAAAGCCUGGUAGCUGGAUAGAGAAGGAAGUGGGACCCAGUACACACCACUGUCAGUCGUCACAGGGUGGGAUGGAGUCGGAACAGCCACUCCACGUCCUUUCAGCCCCCAGCAGCCUGCUCUGCCCUGUCUUGCCCUGCCCCACACAGGGGCCUCCCUGUUUUCUCAGGGGAUGUUUUUCUUCCUACCCCAACCUCCUGGCGUGCCGGUAGCCACAAGGGCAGGACGUGCUGCCUAUCUGAUAGGAGCAGUCUCUCUUGGCACUGCGGCUGGCGGUGGAGGGGGCAUGGCAUGGUGGUUUUGGGCACAGGGAAGUGCCGGUGAUGGGGUGGGGGGAGCCUCCAGCCAGGCUUCCUGAGCUGCACAGCCACCACUUCCCAGAUAAAGGUGUCACCCGGAGGAGCCGCAGCAGCUCCCAGCACGGUGCUGGGAAGCGCCAAGAGCAGCACACACGUCCCCGGCACACGGGUUGCAGGAUGGCAGCCUGCCUGUGCCGGGGCCGGCUGCUCCCUCUGCUCCCUGCUGUUCUGCUCAGCUUCCACAGCCCGCUGCUGGCCACCAAGCCAGUGACAUCCGAAGAUGCUGCGCUGCUGGCAGGGGUGCCCGAGGACAUCCUCUGCUUCACCCGCUCCUUUGAGGACCUCACCUGCUUUUGGGAUGAUGAUGAUGAGGAGGAGGAGGAGGCAGUGAGCAGGAUGUGCCACUUCUACUACUGGUACAGCAGGGACAUGCCCACAGCAUGCACAGUCUCCACAUGGCGUCACGGGGCCGGCAGGACACGGCACGUCUGCAUCUUCCCCAGACAGGAUGUGCGGCUCUUCACCCAGCUCCAUCUCCGCGUCCUGGACGCCACCAACAACCAGACCAAGUACAGGCGGGACCUCAGCGUGGAUGCAGUGGGUCUCAUUGCCCCCCCAGUGAACAUCACGGCCCGCUGGGCUGGGGUUGCAGGGCAGCUCUGCAUCUCUUGGCAGCCACCACUCGCUGACUUCCUGAACUUCUUCCUCUAUGAGGUGCAGUUCUGCCCUGCCAGCUCUUCAGACGUGUCCUGCAGCACCGCAGCAGGGCAGCACCCUGGGGAUCCCUCCAUCGAUCUAGCCAUCAGCACCCAUGCACCCACCACCGGGGCAGCUGCAGCCUCCCCGGGAGCGGGGCAGCGGCUGGUCCAGGCCAACACCUGGGUGGUUCUCCAGAACCUGCAGCCAGGGGUGAGGUACCACAUCCAGGUGCGCAGCAAGCCUGACGGCACCUCCAUGGAUGGUGUCUGGGGACCAUGGUCGCAGGCAGUGGCUGCGGAGACACCCCACUCCUCCGGAGACAUCAGGCUGUGCUGCAGCACCCCUGACCUGCAGCACGUGCGCUGUGAGUGGAGCUGGGACACCACAGAGCUCCCCAGCUCACACCAGCUCUUCUACCAGCAAUCUCCAAGCGGGGCUGGCACAAGGGAAGAUGCAUGGCAGGAGUGUAUAGAGGUGAGCGUGGGGACGCUGGGCUCCCACACCUGCACGUUCCAGCCCAAGGUUGACAGUGCCAUCUCUGUCCUGGUGAAUGUCACCCAGCCCCAUCCACUGUCCACACUCAGCUACUUCAAGGAGCCCUUCUGGCUGCACCAGGCCGUGCUCACAGAAGCCCCACAGAUUGUGCAGGCAACAGUGUCACAGGGCCGGCUGAGCCUGCAGUGGCUACCACCCCUGGAGGUGCUGGCAGAGCAGCUGCUCUACCAGAUCCGCUAUGCUGUUCAGAACAGCCAUGACUGGAAGGUCCUGCAGGUCCCACAGGCAGCCAGGAAAGAAGUCCUGGAUUUACAUCCAGGCGCCCAGUACCAUGCCCAGGUGCGGGCCCAGCCCAGCGGGCCGUGGUACAAGGGCAGCUGGAGCGCCUGGUCCAAGCCUGUCGUGGUUGAUGCCAUGGUCGAUGCGGGCUGGACCAUCCCCAGCAUUACGUUGGUGCUGCUGCUCUUCACGGGAGCGCUCCUGGGCCUGCGGUGCACCUUCCCCUCCCUCUACAGCAACAUGAAGCAGAAACUCUGGCCCUCCGUCCCCGACCUGCACCGCGCACUGGGCAGUUUCCUCCACGAAAGCAGCAAGCACGGCCAGCCCAACGCCUUCUACAAGCAGCCGCCGGAGGAGGAGGAGGAGGAGGAGGAAGAGGCUGUCCUGCCCUGCCUGCUGGAGGUGCUGCCCGGCCCGCGGGGGGAGGCGGGCUCGCCGCCGCCAGAGCACGCUGCGGACCGGCUGCCCAGCACCGACAUCGCCAACCAGUCCUACCUGCUCAUGAGCGGCUGGGAGCCCCGCGGGCCGCCCUGAGCCGCGCCCCCCGCCCUGACAUAAAGGAGACGC